AGGAGGAAGAGGAAAUAGCACAUGGGGAGGCCCAGACAUGAUGGAAGCUGGUUCCACAGAGCUAAGAAAAGAACUGUUUCAUUGGUACCAAACCCAGAUUUUCUCCCAUUUUUGCAUCUCUGAAAUUGGACAUCUCUUGCAAUGAAGUGAUUUUACCAUUUUAAUUGGCAGAAUUGUUUUUUCUUAAUGUCACAUAAAAUAAUGUUGCAUCUUAUGGUUGAUGAUAUUUCAGAUUUACUGAAAUAUGGUAGUCGUGUUAGACUCGAGAAAAAGCGUAAGAACUUACAGGAAAAAAGGCUGAAGAACUCAACAGGUGGGCACACCAUGCAUCUAGUAGUAAAGGGGUUGAAUUUUAUCUCAAGUGUAAUGAGAAGCCAUUAAAGGAUUUUAAUAGUGGACUAGCUUGAUCAGAUUUGUAUAUUUUGGAAAAUAACUGAUAUAGUUUGGAUAUUUGUCCCCUCCAAAUCUCAUGUUGAAAUUCCAUCCCCAGAGUCUCAGUCUUGCCACUGCCCAAAGACUGCUGAGCCCCUGUCUGUCCACCGCCACCACCCACUCUGGACACAGAACAUCCAGUCAUGGAUAAAAAUGAGCUGGUUCAGAAGGCCAAACUUGCCGAGCAGGCUGAGCGAUAUGAUGACAUGGCAGCCUGCAUGAAGUCUGUAACUGAGCAAGGAGCUGAAUUAUCCAAUGAGGAAAGGAAUCUCCUCUCAGUUGCUUAUAAAAAUGUUGUAGGAGCCCAUAGGUCAUCUUGGAGGGUCAUCUCAAGUAUUGAACAAAAGACGGAAGGAGCUGAGAAAAAACAGCAGAUGGCUCGCGAAUACAGAGAGAAAAUUGAGAUGGAGCUAAGAGAUAUCUGCAAUGAUGUACUGUCUCUUUUGGAAAAGUUCUUGAUCCCCAGUGCUUCACAAGCAGAGAGCAAAGUCUUCUAUUUGAAAAUGAAAGGAGAUUACUACCGUUACUUGGCUGAGGUUGCCGCUGGGGAUGACAAGAAAGGGAUUGUGGAUCAGUCACAACAAGCGUACCAAGAAGCUUUUGAAAUCAGCAAAAAGGAAAUGCAACCAACACAUCCUAUCAGACUGGGUCUGGCCCUUAACUUCUCUGUGUUCUAUUAUGAGAUUCUGAACUCCCCAGAGAAAGCCUGCUCUCUUGCAAAGACAGCUUUUGAUGAAGCCAUUGCUGAACUUGAUACAUUAAGUGAAGAGUCAUACAAAGACAGCACGCUAAUAAUGCAAUUACUGAGGGACAACCUGACACUGUGGACAUCAGAUACCCAAGUAGACGAAGGUGAAGCAGGAGAAGGAGUGGAAAAUUAACCGGCCUUCCAGCUUUUGUCUGCCUCAUUCUAAAAUUUACACAGUAGACCGUUUGUCAUCCAUGCUGUCCCACAAAUAGUUUUUUGUUUAUGACUUAUGACAGGUUUAUGUUACUUCUAUUUGAAUUUCUGUAUUUCCCAUAUGGUUUCUAUGUUUAAUAUUAGGGGAGGAGAGGAAGUUAACAUUUAGGGAGUUAUCUGUUUUCAUCUUGAGGUGUUCAAUAUGGGGACGUGGAAUUUUUAUACAAGUUAUAAAUGUUUGGCAUAGUACUUUUGGUAUAUUGUGGCUUCACAAGGGCCAGUGUUAAAACUGCUUCCAUGUCUAAGCAAAGAAAACUGCCUACAUAUUGGUUUGUCCUGGUGGGGAAUAAAAGGGAUCAUUGGUUCCAGUCACAGGUUUAGUAAUUGUGGGUACUUUAAGGUAUGGAGCACUUACAAGGCUGUGGUAGAAACAGAUGCCCCAUGGAUACCACAUGUUAAACCAUGUAUAAUUGUGGAAUACUCAAUCUCAUACCUUUGACCACAGCUGCAGAAGUGUUCUUUUAGACACAGUUGUGACCCAUUUUACUCUGUAUAAGGGCAGAAAUGGUUCACAUUCCAUUAUUUAUAAAGUUACCUGCUGUUAGCAUUCAUUAUUUUUGCUACACUCAUUUUAUUUGUAUUUAAAUGUUUUAGGCAACCUAAGAACAAAUGUAAAAGUAAAGAUGCAGUAAAAAUGAAUUGCUUGGUAUUCACUACUUCAUGUAUAUCAAGCACAGCAGUAAAACAAAAACCCAUGUAUUUAACUUUUUUUAGGUUUUUUGCUUUUGUGAUUUUUUUUGAUACUUGCCUAACAUGCAUGUGCUGUAAAAAUAGUGAAGAGGGAAAUAACUUGAGAUGAUGGCUAGCUUUGUUUAAUGUCUUAUGAAAUUUUCAUGAACAAUCCAAGCAUAAUUGUUAAGAACACACGUAUUAAAUUCAUGGAAGUGGAAUAAACGUUUUAUGAAUGGACUUUUCAACUACUUUCUCUACAGCUUUUCAUGUAAAUUAGUCUUUUGGUUCUGAAACUUCUCUAAAGGAAAUUGUACAUUUUUUUGAAGUGUAUUCCUUAUUCUCUCUUGGCAGCUAAUGGGCUUUUACCAAGUUUAAACACAAAGUUUAUCAUAACAACAAAAAUACUACUAAUAUAACUACUGUUUCCAUGUCCCAUGAUUCCCUCUCUUCCUCCCCACCCUGAAAAAAAUGAGUUCCUAUUUUUUCUGGGAGAGGGGGAGAUUGAUUGGAAAAAAAUGUAAUAUGUUCCAUUUGAAAUAUUGGUAUAUGGCAUUUUCUAACUUAGGAAGCCACAGUGUUCUUGGCCCAUCAUGACAUUGGGUAGCAUUAACUAUAAGUUUUGUGCUUCCAAAUAACUUUUUGGUUUUUAACAAUUUCUUGAUACUCUUAUAGCCUGCCUUCAGUGUUGAUCCUUUAUUCUUUCUAUCUGUCAGGUGCACAAGAUUACCCUCCUUUUUUAGCCUUCUGUCUUGUCACCAACCAUUCCUACUUGGUGGCCAUGUACUUGGGAAAAGGCCGCUUGAUCUUUCUGGCUCCACUCAGUGUCUAAGGCACCCUGCUUCCUUUGCUUGCAUCCCACACACUAUUUCCCUCAUCCUAUUUACUGCAGCAAAUCUCUCCUUAGUUGAUGAUACUGUGUUUAUCUCCCUUUAAAACCCUACCUAUCCCGAAUGGUCUGUCAUUGUCUGCCUUUAAUCCUUCCUCUUUCUCUCCCUCUAUUCUCUAAAUAAUGAUGGGGCUAAGUUAUACCCAAAGCUCACUUUACAAAAUAUUUCGUCAGUACUUUGCAGAAAACACCAAACAAAAAUGCCAUUUUAAAAGAGGUGUAUUUUUUAUUUCAGAAUGUAAGCUCCUCAAGAGCAGGGACAAUGUUUUCUGUAUGUUCUAUUGUGCCUAGUACACUGUAAAUGCUCAAUAAAUAUGAUGAUGGGAGGCAGUGAGUCUUGAUAAGGGUGAGAAACUGAAAUCCCAAACACUGUUUUGUUGCUUGUUUUAUUAUGACCUCAGAUUAAAUUGGGAAAUAUUG